AUGGUCUCUGCCGCCCCCAUUGCACGGGCGGCACCGUGGGAAAAGGUCCCCGACUUUGACCAACUCUUUGCCGAGAAUGAAGGAGAAGCGAGAGCAAACUCGAGGACACGCCAAUGGAAGCAAGACUCGACGAGGGGCUCCCCCGUCUUGACUCUCGCUGUCGUUUUUGUCCCCCUUAAUGCUUGCAAGCUCCCUCUCUCGCUCUUUCUCUGCCGUGUUCUUUCAGCGACUCCGAUGCAUCUACCAAGCAUCGCCCAGCGUCUCAUUGACGAGUUCCUUGCCACGCGAUCCCUCACGUCGCACCUCGUCCUCCUCCCUACGACGCGCAGUGCCAGCAAAUCGCGCGAGACAGUUCGCGUGCUGCGCGCAUACGCGACCGCCGCUGCGCAGAACCCCGCCCCCGUGCUGCGAAGCCGCGCCGGCGGCCCGGCCGCAUAUCGCUGGCAGGACACCGUGGCGCGCAUCCACAUCCUCUCGCCCACGCUGGACCUCUGCGACCUGCGCGGCCUGUACGCGUUCGCCGACACGCUCUGCCGCGGCACGGUCAGCAACCCAGAGGGUCUCGAGGGCGAGUACCUCGUUGACGUGCGCAUCCCGCGGCUCGACAGCGUCGUGUACAAUGCGGCGUAUGGCGGGUGGGAGGGCGUCAACUGGGGCGGCGCUAUCAAAUCGUUCUUUGUCAAGGGCCUCCUCGAGACAGCCACCUACCCUGAUUUCAAAAAGGCGCUGCCGACGUGCAUCCUCAACGAGCAAUCAAGCUACAGCUAUCCUGAGAAGCCUUUGCUUGGCGAAGUCUUUACCGCCUGCACGUUUGGGCACUACUGCCUAACGCACAAGCUGCGGCCGUUGCUGAGCCGCCGGCCGGACUCGGUUCUCGCGCCUGGCCGCGUCAUCUGGUCCAGCAGUAUCGAGGCGCACCGCAACACCUUUGCCCUCGACGACGUCCAGUGCUUCACCCGCCCCGCGGCGUACGAAUCGGCCAAGCGCCUCACCGACAUUCUCUCCCUCACCAGCACGCUACCACACGUGCAGCCGCACGCGCGUGCGGUCCUUGGCAGCAGCGCCAGCGCCUCAACCACCACCUGUCCCCGCCGGGCUAGGUCAGCACCCUCGGACUCGGAGACGACGGACGUUGACGACAACGCCUCUACCACCACCGCAACCCUCGUCGGCCCAAAAAUGUACCUCUCGCACCCCGGCAUCGUCGCCAGCACGCUGUUCCCCCUACCCGCCUUCUUGUUCUGGCUGUACGAGUUCGCCCUCGUCCUCUGCCGCUGGUGGGGCUCGCCCUGGCACACGGAGACAGGCUACCGCGGCGCCUACGCCCCCGUCUGGCUCACCAUGCAGGAGCAGCCCACCCUUGAUGAGCUCGCUGCCGAGCGCAUCAAAUGGGGCAGCGCCUACGACCGCGCGGGCCUCUCGUUUGUCAAGCCCACCGAGGUAGAGGGCUGGGGCUGGACUGGCGCUGUUGACGCGGACAUGGCGGAAGAUGACAUGACGGGCUCGAUGAACAAGCGCUGCGGACGCCGCCAUGGCGCUGCGGACGCGACGGCCGAGGACGUGGCCGAGUUUGAGGCUCUGGGGGCUGAGUGCUGGCGUGAAAUGGAGCGCAUGCGGCAUCAGUGGGAGGAGAUUUUGGAGUUGUAG